AACGACUGCGACAACUCGAGCUUCGAGAACCAGUCGACGGGCGGGUCGCCGACGGUGGGCGACUGCCAGCGCCUCGCCAACAACAUCGCGGGUGACGGCACGUGGACCGUGUGGACCGGCACGCAGCACCAGAUCGCGCAGUACGGCACGUGCGCGUUCGGUAUCAACACGGUCACGGGCUUCUGGGCCAAUAUCGGUAACGGCGACGUCCGCGACAUCAUCGGCGACUCCAUCCGCCGCUUCCAGUGGAAUGGUCUCGUUGGCGCGAAGGGCGAGAUGAACUGCCAGGGCAGUGGCAGCCCCCACGUCAAGUGGGCCAUCUACCAC